AUGGAUUUUAUUGGUCCCUGUUCGUUCAUUCCCUCGAAAGAGACAUUUUGCUUUCUGGAACUCAACUUGCUUCUCGCUGCACGAACAAUUAACCCACUCUGUUCAUUGGAUUUUUUCAAUUCGAUCAUAUAUUCUAAGGAAUACGUUAUUUUUCAAACGCCCGGUAUGCAGGUGUUAACAUUGCAUCUAGAACACUCGCAUUUAAUUCACGAUGAAUCGUACGUAAAAUCAUGCGAUCUAACAUCAUUCUUGAAGAUAUGUCAUCAAAAUGACCCAUUCUUCAACGACUGUAUAAUGGAAAGUGUCGUUUCGUUGAAACCGUAUUUAAAAAAUGGAAUACCAGGCCUUGGGAUUCCAGCGUGUGAACCAUUUCGAUUGGAGGAGAUCGAAAUUGAUCAAGCUUCCGGUCCAAUUCAUAUUUGCGCGAGGUAUAACAACGUGUCCAUAUAUGGUGGAACUAACUUCGCGCCUAAAAGCAUUAGGUUCGACUUGGAGAAAAAUGUAAUACAUCUGAAUCUCUACAUUCCACGACUAGAAAUGAUAGCGAAUUACAUCAUGAACGGUAGAAUCUUGAUGUUACCGAUCACAGGAAACGGCGUUGCUCGUGGAAACUUCACAGACAUCGACAUUAUCAUGGCUUUACAAUUGACACGUUAUUGCGACGAGAGAACAGGAUUGAUUCAUCAAAUGGUGGAGGACAUUUACGUCGAUUUCGAUAUUGGAUACGCCACUGUGUAUUUGGAUAAUUUGUUCGACGGCGAUGAGACACUCUCAGCGGCUAUGAAUCUUUUUCUGAACGACAACUGGAACAUGGUGAUAGCAGAAAUCAGGCCAAAAUUGGAGGAAACUAUCGCCAAAUUGAUCAUGGACUUCACGAACGUGAUUUUCUCGACGUUCCCGGAGAACGUGCUACUGCCAUCUUGAAGUAAAAUAUUUUAUAUUAUAUUUUGUAUAUUUCAUUUUAUGGUGUAAAAAUUUGCGGCGUUGAAUCAUUUUGUAAGUUUUUGUAGAGUAAAUAAGUAAUAAUUUAAAUACAUCUAUUGAUUGUUGAAAAAUGAAGAAAGAAGGUCGAGAGAUUAUUUUUUUUGUUUAAAUAAUAGCUUUCUGACUAGUGAUUCAGUCAUUGAUUGUCGAAGAGGUUUACAAUUUAGAUUAUUAAAUCGCAUUAUUGACUUUGAAAAAUUCCUGUUGGAAAAUGUUUUUGGUUCUAUUUAGAUUUCUCGAGAAAUGUUUUAUUUCUACACAGUUCUUGGUAUUUCUUUUUUAAAAUUAUAGAGGGGUAUUUUAAACAAUUUUUUUCUUUGAUUAUUAGCUGAUUAUUAGAUUGAAUAGAAGAAAAAAUUCAAUCUACAAUUUUAGAAUUAUCGUAUUGUCUAUAUGGUUACAUGCUCGGGGGGGCCCUGCAGCCCCCUUACCAUUUUCGUGUCACAUUCUACUAUACCGAUUUACAACAGGUUUUGCAUGGCAGCGCUACUAGUAGUAGGAAUUCAAAUCAAUGAAUAAAAUUUUAUUCAUUAUUUUUGAUCUCCAUUGAUCCGUCAAUAAUCAGUCGAAUAAAAUUUUGCUCAUUAUUGGCAAAAAAUUCAUUAUCUUGAAUUUGCGUAUAUACAUACGCCUAAAGAAAUUAAAUAAUUUCAAUAAAAUUUCUCAAUCUUUUAUUCGUUUAAACAUUAUCCAAUAUUUCUAAUAAUUUAUUUAUGACAAUGAAAUCAUUAAUUCAUUUCUAUAACAUUUCUAAAUGCCCCGUUAUUUGAAACUUUUAUAGGAAUCAUUUAGAAGAAUUGUUAUUAUAUAAUUAAUAUAAUUAUUUAUAAGAAUUAUUAAUAACGUUUCCAUGAUAGUGUUAUACAAUAUUUAAUAACUUUAAUGGUUAAAUGAUUCGUUAAAUUCUUCAAUAUUUUCAAAAUUAACAGUUUAAUUUAAUAGUUUAAUAAUUGAUUUAUCAUAACUACGUAAUAAACUCGAUUCUUUAAUAUUGUUUAAUAAUUUUAAUUUUUAAUUUUAAACAAUAACUUUUAGUAAUUCAUAUAUAACAAUUAUAAUAUGCAACAGCAUAGCCAUAAGUCGAAAACUAAUAGAAUGGAUAAAUGUACAUUGAUUUCUAAAAUUGUAGAUUUCUUUUGUGAAUCCAAUAUAUAAUGCUUUUAUAAAGUAUUAUUAUUAAAUAUCACAGAUUAUUAUUUUAUAAAGUAUUAUUAUUAAAUAUUACAGAACGUCGACAAUGUUUAA